CCAAUGAGCGACGCGCUUCAAUUUUGGCGAUUUCGCGCACCAAACAGCCCAGUUCUGCUCAGCGUGGACGCAACACAUUUGUUGCAAAUUCACUAAGCAAUCUCAAAUAUUUCGUUUGUAUAUUAUUUCAAAUAGAAUGGCAGUUGAGGAGACGACAGCGCCCCGUGAGUUGGUUACUACUGUGUCCCCUGACGCGCAUGAAGCCAUAGACUGGCUUUCCACUUGAGAGGAGGACACAUGGAGAACCCCGCGAAAUACCUCUCAGUGCACGAGAGCCACUCCGUCCCGUUACCUCUUGGGGAGAUUAUGUGGAACUCGACCGAAUCGGAGGCAACAUCCAACGGUGGAAAGGAAUUGGUCAUCCGGACAGUGACGGGCUGUUUGCUCUCCCUGCUCAUCCUGUGGACACUACUGGGAAACAUUAUGGUGUGUUCCGCCGUACUCCGAAUUCGGCACUUGCGAAGUAAAGUGACCAACAUUUUCAUCGUUUCUUUGGCUGUGUCGGAUUUAUUCGUUGCAGUUCUCGUGAUGCCAUGGAAAGCUGUGGCCGAGGUGGCGGGGUAUUGGCCCUUUGGUACUUUUUGUAAUUACUGGGUGGCUUUUGAUAUCAUGUGCUCAACUGCGUCCAUCCUCAACCUCUGCAUUAUCAGCGUGGAUAGAUAUUGGGCCAUAUCAAGUCCGUUCCGGUACGAGAGAAAAAUGACCCAACGAGUUGCCUUCGUUAUGAUAAGCGUCACGUGGACGUUGUCUGUACUUAUUUCAUUCAUACCAGUCCAACUGAACUGGCACAAAGCCAGCGAAGACGAAACAGUUGGAGUCCAUAACGCCUCCUUGGGUGAAGUAGAAGAAAACUGUGACUCUAGCCUCAACAGAGAAUACGCAAUAUCUUCAUCUUUAAUAAGUUUCUACAUACCCGUAGCAAUUAUGAUUGUGACAUACACGAGAAUAUAUCGGAUUGCUCAGAUCCAAAUCAGGAGGAUAGCUUCCCUAGAGCGCGCGGCGGAGCACGCGACAAGUUGCAGGGCCAACAACAGACUCGAGUGCCAACACCACAAUACCUUGAAAACAUCUAUUAAAAGGGAAACCAAAGUUUUAAAAACGUUAUCGAUCAUUAUGGGCGUCUUUGUGUGUUGUUGGUUACCUUUCUUUAUUUUGAACUGCAUAGUUCCAUUUUGUGAUAAACCACCGACUGACAAAGACGCAGGUCUCCCUUGCGUGAGCGAGACAACUUUUGACGUUUUUGUUUGGUUCGGCUGGACUAAUUCAUCCAUGAAUCCUAUUAUUUACGCUUUUAACGCAGAGUUCAGAAAAGCAUUUGCCAGUCUGCUGGGUUGUCGUAAUUUCUGCUCCAGAACACCCGUUGAAACUGUAAACAUUAGCAACGAGCUGGUCUCUUACAACCAGGACACCCUUGUCCACAAAGAAAUCGUGAAUGCCUAUGUCAAUAUGAUCCCCAACGUAGUGGAAUGCAUUGAGCACGAGGACACGUUUGACAGGAUAUCACAGUUAUCUCACAACAAUGAAAAUGCCACCGACUCUGUUUGUGACUUGGAAGACUGUGAGGCAGAUAUUAGCCUCGACAGGAUGACACCACUCACCCCCAAUGGUUUACAUUGAAUACACCUCGACAGGAUGACACCAUUCACCCCCAAUGGUUUACAUUGAAUACACCUCGAAAGGAUGACACCAUUCACCCCCAAUGGUUUACAUUGAAUACACCUCGACAGGAUGACACCAUUUACCUCCAAUGGUUUACAUUGAAUACACCUCGACAGGAUGACACCAUUCACCCCCAAUGGUUUACAUUGAAUACACCUCGACAGGAUGACACCAUUCACCUCCAAUGGUUUACAUUGAAUACACCUCGACAGGAUGACACCAUUCACCUCCAAUGGUUUACAUUGAAUACACCUCGACAGGAUGACACCAUUCACCUCCAAUGGUUUACAUUGAAUACACCUCGACAGGAUGACACCAUUCACCUCCAAUGGUUUACAUUGAAUACACCUCGACAGGAUGACACCAUUCACCUCCAAUGCUUUACAUUGAAUACACCUCGACAGGAUGACACCAUUCACCUCCGAUGGUUUACAUUGAAUACACCUCGACAGGAUGACACCAUUCACCUCCAAUGGUUUACAUUGAAUACACUUGUAACACCUCGUGCGUAAAAUGAUGUAUUGCUUCAAUCAGAUAUUUGAGAUGUUGUGUUGUUGUCCCAUGCUGAAAAGUGACGUAAAUUGGUGUCUUAUUACAUAAGAAAAGUCUAUGUUUAUUCAUUUAUACUAAAGUUAUGGCUUCUAAGUUCUAUGUAUCCGGAGCAGCAGGUGUAAUGCAACCAGUUGCUCUUAUUGACCAAGUGGGUUCUAUUUGUGGUGAGGUACCCAUUAUUGAGUUCAGAUAUUAUACUGCUUAUCAUUAUCACGCUCAAUGACAGCGUGACGGACUUUUACAGACUAUGGAAAAGGAGCAAAGCCUUACAAGGCAGUGUAACCACGCACGUUCAUCACAUGCAGUUGUUUAAAACGCCUUAUUUAUUCUGGGAAAGAGUGCAAUAUAGUUUUGAAACAAGGGAAAUGUUACAGGAUUGUAAUAUGUUUAAUUUAAAUGAGGCCAAAAUAUUUAAAGUG